AUGUUGAGAUCCUCGCCUUAUGCUGUGUGCUGCACUGAUGGGGACCACUGCUGUCCUAAGGGGACCACAUGUAACGAGGACGAGGCCACGUGCGUCAAAGAGGAUUUGGUGAUUCCCUGGUACACCAAGCAUCCAGCCACCAACAGCAUUGAGGCAUCCAGCUCUACGCACUGCGACGAGCUGAAUCAAUGUCCUGAACACACCACUUGCUGCCGGCUUUUGACGGGCGAGUGGGGCUGCUGCCCGAUGGAAAAUGCUGUGUGCUGCCAAAAUAAGGAGCACUGCUGCCCACAGGGUUACACCUGCAACAUCGCCUCUAUGUCCUGUCAGAAGCUCAUCCUGCUGGAGCUGGAGAACGUCCCACUAACACCAGUGGAUCUGCUCGGGCACCAGUCCCUGAUCUUUCCCUCUAACCUUAGAAACGUCCCGUGCGAUGAACAAGUCAGCUGUCUAGAUGGACAGACCUGCUGCAGGGUGUCUUCCACUACAUGGGGCUGCUGUAAUUCUCCAAAUGCGGUGUGCUGCAGCGACAUGCAGCACUGCUGUCCCACUGGCUACACCUGCAAUGACGUUGGAGACUGCUCCAAGAACACCGUACUCCACUGGCAGGACUGGCAUGUGUUCCAAGCCAACAAAAAGAGAGCUCUACUUGUGUGAAAGCAUCCUCCCUGUCAUUUGUUUCUGCAUGCAAUGCACUUAUUGGAAACAAUGUAAAAGGGAUUUAUGAUCAUUUCUAAAUGCUUUUUUUCAGAAGAAAAUUGUAAAAGGUUGAAGGCAACACUGAAAUUGAAUUGCACUUGGGGUUAUGAUGCUCUGCAACAACAACAACUACAUGUAACAAGAUCAGAGCAUUGACAUUUUAAUACCUAAUUUAUAAUCAGAUGGAUCUUUGUUAUUCCAAGCACACAGUUACAAGCUGCUUGAAACUCUACUCUGUCCAUUAAAUACACUCCACAGGCAAUAUGAUUUUAUUCACUGUCAGUUAUGUUUCUGUAUGUUAUGCUUUAACUGCAUUAUGCUACAAAGUGCACUUCCCUAUCAAUAAUCAGUCACAAUUCUGGGUUUAAUUAAUCAUUUUAUAAUUUUAAAUGUAUGUAUGCAUUUGCAGUAGUACUGUUUUCUGGUCAUUACUUUGGAUAUUAGAUAUAUUUGUGGCAUAAUCUGUUAAAUGAUUUGAUUAGAUUUGAAAUGAUAAUAAUUUUAAGAGUUUUAAUUUUCUUCGACUUGUUGUCACUUGUGUUCUUUUGGGAUUUAACACACACCACGUUUGCAAACAUGGAGAAAUAACAUGCUUGGUGCAUCUCAAUCUGCAUAAAACCAUGAAACUAAUAAACAAAAUCUCAUGUUACAACCAUACCAUGUAUCAAGUAGAUAUCUGUUUGUAUAAAAAUAAAUCCUUAUCCACCCUU